GUGAGAAUGGUGAAGAACGUGGUGAUCGUAGGUGGUGGCGUUGCUGGUGCCACCCUCGCUAAAACCCUUCAACAUCAUGCCAACGUUACCCUUAUUGAUCCGAAGGAAUAUUUUGAGAUUCCGUGGGCAAGCUUGAGGGGAAUGGUGGAGGAAUCCUUUGCGGAGAGGAUAGUGAUCAACCAUAGAGAUUACUUCACAAAAGGAAGCCUUGUGAUAUCCAGUGCUGUCAACUUCACAGAAACUCAAGUCAUUACUUCUGAUGGCCGUCACAUUGCUUAUGACUAUCUUGUUAUUGCCACUGGUCACACCCAACCAGCUCUCCCCGUUACUAGGGCUCAGAGGCUCAACCAAUACAAAGCAGAAAAUCUAAAGAUUAAAUCUGCGCGUUCCGUACUGAUAAUUGGAGGAGGUCCUACUGGGGUUGAGCUGGCGGGAGAGAUUGCUGUUGAUUUUCCGGAGAAGAAGGUGACUCUGGUACACAAAGGACCAAGGCUGCUGGAAUUUAUUGGGACCAAGGCUUCGAGGAAGACGAUGAAGUGGUUGAAGUCAAGAAAAGUGGAGGUGAAACUGGAGCAAUCAGUGAACUUAAACUCUGUUGAGGACACAACAUAUCGUACUUCCCUAGGAGACACCAUUGAAGCCGAUUGCCAUUUUCUAUGUACAGGCAAACCUCUCAGCUCUGCAUGGCUCAGAGAAACUCUGAUAAAAAAUGACUUGAAUGUCGAUGGAACGAUCAAAGUUGAUGAAUCUCUGAGAGUCAAGGGCAGAACCAACAUUUUUGCCAUUGGAGACAUUACAGAUGUUCCUGAAAUAAAACAAGGGGUGUAUGCUCAAGGUCAGGCUCAAGUGGUGGCCAAGAACCUGAGGCUGCUAAUAGAUGGAGGAAAAGAACGCAAAUUGGCAAGUUACAAGGCACAACCAGCAGUGGCCAUAGUUUCACUUGGAAGGAGACAAGGGGUGGCGCAAUUCCCAUUCAUGACAGUGCUUGGAAGGUUUCCUGGCAUGAUCAAGUCUGGGGAUUUGUUCGUAGCCAAAACAAGAAAAGACUUGGGACUCCAACCAAAUGUUAAGCAGACUUAAUUUAAGAUUACAUUUUAAGGGGCUCGUUUACAGCACAAUUAUUAACAUCUCGCAGGUUGAUUGUUUGUCGGCAAUUUCAGGUUCUAUUUAGGGAAUAAGGAUGUUUCUGUGAUGUCCCUAUGCUUGUCUUUGGUGUCGGUAGUGAUCUUUUUUCCCCCUCUGUUUUAAAUUUACCAUGAGAGUGCUGGUUCAAAAAAAAAAAAAAAAAGUUACCAUGAGAGAGGUAGACUUAUACUGAGGCUUGUGAGUUUUACUCGGCUAUUUACUGCAAAGAUGUUCGACAUAUUUUAUAAUAUUGUACGUUUUAUUU